GUGACUGAAUGGAAACGAAUACAUGGAGCGCUCGUAUGGAAGAAGUAAGAUGCAUGACAACAAGCUGUCCUUUAAAGAAGUGCACAUUUUUUUUCGAGAGUUCAGAAACGACACGACCGAUGAUAGUGCGCGUCUUCCAACAAGAUAUUAGUACUCUAUUGUGGUUUUGACGUUUACAAUAAUUCUGUAAUUCUAAAAUAAUUAUCUUCCCAUCUCAGAAGCUCAUCUUUAUUUGAAAUAUAUAUAUUUUGUUCAUGACUAUUUCUAAUAUAAUCGAAGUGGAGGAGCCACAUUUGGGGGAGUGUAAUAUGAAAAAAGAGGCAUUCGAACUAUUAGGGUUUGUUCCACAAAAAGAUAUUGUUUACAACAAGCUACUGCCUUACAAGGACAAAUUAGACGAGGAGUCCAAUGAAAUCUUGGCACAAAUCAAAGGAAACCUCGGCCGAGCCGUCCAGCUCAGAGAGAUAUGGCCAGGUGUCUUAUUCUGGACAAGGAAACUUUCCACGUACAUGCGAUUAUAUGGGAGGAAAUUCAGCAAAGAGGACCAUGUGCUCUUUGUUAAGCUGGUCUAUGAGCUGGUCACCAUCCCCAAACUGGAGAUCAGCAUGAUGCAGAGCUUUGCCCGUCUUCUCAUCAGCCUUCUAAAGAAGAAAGAGCUGCUUUCAAGAGAUGAUUUGGAAUUGCCAUGGCGACCCCUUUAUGAGCUGCAGGACAGGAUCUUGUACUCUAAGACAGAGCACCUCGGCCUGAACUGGUUUCCCAGUUCUCUGCGGCCACGCUCUUCCUCUAAGUACUUAAUCGUUAAACUUGCUCAGAGGUGCUCAGUGGAAGCAGUUUUAAAGGCCUUAAUCAAGAACUGCAGGCCAUAUUUCCCUGAAUCAGCCACACAGGAGAUGCUGGACGAGUGGAAACCUCUGAUGUGUCCGUUUGAUGUCACCAUGCAGAGAGCGAUGGGAUAUUUUGAGCUCUUCCUUCCCACCACUCUCCCCCGAGAGCUGCAUGACAAGGGCUUCAAACUUUGGUUUGAUGACUUGAUAAAGCUCUGGGUGUCUGUGCAGAAUCUUCCAAGCUGGGAAGUGCAUCUUGUCAGUCUUUUCGCAAGACUGGCGAAUGACAACAUUGGUUACAUAGAUUGGGACCCAUAUAUACCCAAGAUAUUCACUAGGAUUCUGAGAAGUCUUAAUCUUCCUGUGGGAUCUAGCCAGAUGCUGGUGUCUAGAUAUUUGACAAAUGCUUACGACAUCAGUCAUGUGGUCAUCUGGAUUUCUGCAUUGCUGGGAGGGCCCAGCAAGCAGACCCAGACUCAGCUCAGUGGCUUUUUCAACAGUAUUGCCUCAUUUUUCUACCCUUCUAACCAUGGCCGCUGGCUGAUGAAACUCAUGAAGCUUCUUCAGCGUUUGCCUGCCAGCGUGGUGAGACGUCUACAUCGUGAACGUUAUCGGACACCAACGUGGCUGAGCCCUAUUCCCGAGAGUCACCGCCUGAGCGAGCAGGACAUCACUGACUUUGUAGAGAGCAUGAAGCAGCCUGUCUUGCUGGCCAUGUUUAGCAAAACCGGCAGUCUGGAUGCUGCCCAGGCCCUGCAGAACCUCGCCCUGCUCAGACCCGAGCUAGUCAUUCCACCAGUGCUCGAGAAGACAUAUCCCGCCAUGGAAACCCUCACUGAGCCUCACCAGCUGAUCGCCACUCUAAGUUGUAUGAUCGGUGUGGCACGGAGCCUGGUGACCGGGGGCCAGGGGUUUCCAGAGGGCCCCACACACAUGCUGCCUCUCCUCAUGAGGGCUCUACCUGGGGUCGACCCCAAUGACUUCAGAAAGUGCAUGAUAACAUUCCAGUUUAUUGCAACUUUUGUUACUCUUGUGCCACUGGUGGACUGUUCUGCUGCUGUUCAGGCAAGAGAUGACCUCACACAGGUGGAAAAAGAGCUGUGUUCAGCCUCGGCAGAGUUUGAAGAUUUUGUUCUACAGUUUAUUGAUAGGUGUUUUGCGCUGAUUGACACCAGUACUCUGGAACAGACCCGGGAGGAGAUGGAGACAGAGAAAAUGACUAAUCUAGAGAGUCUGGUGGAGUUGGGCCUGUCCUCAACUUUCAGCACCAUCCUAACACAAUGCUCUAUGAAAAUUUUCCAGGUGGCUCUGGAAAAGAUGUUCAACUUCGCCACUACAAAAAUUUUUGAGACUCACGUGGCUGGACGCAUGGUGGCAGACAUGUGUCGAGCUGCAGCCAAGUGUCACCCUGCAGAGGCUCUCAAACUUUUCGUGCCUCACUGCUGUAAUGCCAUAUUACACUUGACAGCUAAUGAGGAGGUGUUAAAUGAGGAGGAGCUGGAUAAAGAACUGAUGUGGAAUCUCCAGCUGUUGUCUGAGGUGACCCGUGUGGAUGGUGAUAAACUCUUACUCUACAGUUCUCAGCUGGUUCAGAUACUUCAGUUAACUCUACACUUGAAAUGUAAGAUGGGCUACAAUCUGGCCUGUAAGCUGCUCUAUCACAUCCUGCGCUCCACCUCCCUCAUCUACCCCACUGACUAUUGCAGCGUUCCUGGCGGCUUCCAGCAGCACACAAACAAAUACCUCCCAAUCAAGGACUGGGGUCGGCCAGGGGACCUGUGGAACCUAGACAUCCAAUGGCACAUGCCCAACGCAGAGGAGAAGGAGUUUGUCUUCUGCCUGUUGGAUCUGCUGCUGAAGCCUGAACUCCAGCGUCUGCAAAGACACACACAGGGAGAGCAGGACAUCAGCAGGGAUGAUGUUCUGCAGAGUCUGUCCAUUGUUCAUCAUUGUCUUUUGGGAGCAGGCAGCCUUCUGCCCCCAUUGCAUGGAGAACCAGUGCCUGAGCUGAUCGACAAUAUGGUUCAGCUGUACGAGACAAAUGUGUACACCGGAGUAGACUAUGACCUGUCUAGAGAGAACUACCGAGAAGACAUCUGUAAGGCGAUUAGACCUCUACUGCAUCACACACUAGAACAUUCAGAAGAUGACACCAAAUCCCUUUUCUCUAUUAUUAAGAUCAUCAAUGACCUCCUCCACUUUAAAGGCUCACACAAACAUGAGUUUGAUUCUCGCUGGAAAAGUUUCAGCCUGGUCAAAAAGUCCAUGGAGAACAGGCUUCAUGGCAGUAAACAGCACAUUAGAGCUCUGCUCAUAGACAGAGUCAUGCUGCAACAUGAGCUAAGAAAUUUGACCAUGGAGGGCUGUGACUACAUGACAAUUCACCAGGACCUCAUUAAUGAUCUGCUUAGACUGUCCACCAGCAGGUACAGUCAGGUGAGGAGUAAAGCUCAGAAUGUGCUGUUUACUGCUUUGGGAACCUACAACUUCUGCUGUAGAGACAUCAUACCAGCUGUGCUAAAGUAUCUGGACCCAAACCGCACUGAUGUCACCCAGCAGCAAUUCAAAGGUGCCUUGUACUGUCUGUUGGGGAGCAACUCUGGGAUUUGUCUGGCUAACCUGCAGUACUGGGAUUGCAUUGCUGUGACAUGGCCCGCCAUUGUGCGUUCUGGCAUGAGCCCCUCCAUGUCUCUAGAGAAACCUUCAGUCGUCCGGCUCUUCGAUGACCUGGCUGACAAAAUCCACCGCCAGUAUGAGACUAUCGGCAUUGACUUUUCUAUCCCAGAAAGUUGUGUGGAUGUUGCACUAAAACUGAUGAAAUCUAGUAACCCGGAACCGACCCCUCGUGCGGCUUCUGAACAGGAGGAACUAGAGGGAACUCAGAGAGAGCAACAGAAGUACAAAGACUCAGUACAAAAAUAUGAGAAGCUAGUGGCGGAUCUUUUAGACUGCCUCUCUGACAGAAACAUGCCCUGGAAGUUUGAGCAGAUAGCUAUCGGCUUCCUCACACUGAUGCUAAGAGACGAUCACCCCCUGCCUUCCUCUGCUGUCCUGUUUUUCGUCCAGAGCCUCAAUCACGACUCACUCUUAGUUCGCAAUGCUGCGAUAUCAGCAGUGAGUGGAAUUCUGAAGCAGCUCAAGAGACCUCACAAGAAAGUGGCCGUGAAUCCAUUUGACAUAUCUGAGCUCAAAAACUCCCAACAGUCAUGUGAUGGUGUUGGUCUACGCUGUUUGAUGGCUGGAGACAGACCUGAUAACCAGUGGCUGCAGUAUAACAGCAGCAGAUUGCCGCGCUCCCAGCAGGACUGGGAUGAAUGCUGCUUCAUCGAGAAAACCCACUGGGGUUAUUCCACAUGGCCAAGGAAGCUGAUGCUCUAUGCUCCUCCUGAGGAACAGCCAAAACAAGACAAAUCAAGAGAGGAGAUGAAUGAGAGCGAACAGAUCAUAUACGAUCAUUUCUCAGACCAGUUGUUCAUAGACCAGCUCGUCAAGUUUUUGUCACUGGAGGACUUGAAGGGGAAUGAUAAAUUUAGCCCGCUGCGAUUUUGCCUCUUUAAGGGCCUUUUCCGGAACUUUGAUGAUGCGUUCCUCCCACUGCUAAAACCUCAUAUGGAGCGUCUUGUAACAGAUUCCCAUGAGAGCACCCAACGCUGUGUGGCUGAAAUAAUCUCUGGACUCAUCAGGGGCUCCAAACACUGGAGCUACAGCAAAGUGGAGAAACUGUGGACUCUGCUCUGCCCACUCCUCCGUACGGCCCUCUCCAAUAUCACCAUCGAGACAUAUGCUGACUGGGGCACCUGCAUCGCCACUGCAUGUGAGAGCCGAGACCCACGAAAGCUACACUGGCUGUUUGAGCUGUUGAUGGAAUCACCGGUCAAUGGAGAAGGAGGCUCGUUUGUUGACGCUUGUCGUCUGUAUGUUUUGCAAGGAGGUCUUGCUCAGCAGGAGUGGAGAGUCCCAGAGCUGCUUCACAGGCUACUGCAGUACCUGGAGCCCAAACUCACUCAGGUCUACAAGAAUGUACGGGAACGUAUCGGCAGUGUGCUCACCUACAUUUUCAUGAUCGAUGUGAAUCUGCCCCACACUCAGCCGACCACAUCCCCACGCAUUGGAGAGUUCACGGAGCGUGUGCUGGCCCGACUCAAGCCGUUAACGGAGGGAGAGGAAGAGAUCCAGAACCAUGUGGUUGAAGAGAAUAUUAAAGGAGACCAUGACGAGAGAACACAGGCCAUCAAAUUACUCAAAACCGUGUUGAAGUGGAUGAUGACCAGUGCUGGACGCUCCUUUUCUUCUGCUGUCCCAGAACAGCUGCGCCUCCUUCCUCUUCUUUUCAAAAUUGCUCCCGUGGAGAAUGACGACAGUUAUGAUGAGAUGAAGAGAGAUGCGAAGACCUGUCUGUCUCUCAUGUCUCAGGGGCUGCUGUACUCAGAACAGAUCCCACAAGUCCUCAGUGCACUGGAAGAGAUCUCAAGGAGCAGCUCAUGGCAUGCACGCUACACAGUUCUUUCCUACCUGCAGAUCAUGGUGUUUUACAAUCUCUUCACUUUCCUCUGUGAUGCCAAGGCCGUCAGUGACGUGAGAGCGCUGGUGCUACGCCUGCUGGAGGACGAACAACUUGAGGUGAGGGAGAUGGCCGCCACCACUCUAAGUGGGUUCCUGCAGUGUAAUUUCCUCAGUAUAGAUGAACCCAUGCAGUCCCAUUUUGAGUCUCUGAGCAAGACCCGUCUGCCCAAGCGCAAGAGGAGAGAAUGGGGAUCAGUGGUGGACACCAUCCCUUCUGCUGACCUGGUGCGGCGACAUGCAGGUGUGUUAGGUCUGAGUGCCUGCAUCCUGUCCAGCCCAUAUGACGUGCCCACCUGGAUGCCCCAGAUCCUCAUGGGCCUGAGUGCCCACCUCAAUGACACACAGCCCAUAGAGAUGACUGUGAAGAAAACCCUCUCUGAUUUCCGUCGCACUCAUCAUGAUAACUGGCAGGAACACAAGCAGAAGUUCACAGAUGACCAGCUGCUGGUGCUCACAGAUUUGCUGGUCUCCCCUUGUUACUAUGCUUAGGUCUGUUAUAUACACACUAAGGCUCUGUUUCACAACCUAGUGAGCUGCCUUGCUGUCUACAGCCUACAUAGGCAGCUGUCUUUUAAAGGAUAUGGAGCCUCAUAAAAGACCGAUUUGGAACAUUCUACAUAGGCAGCAUCAUACAAAUAGCACUCCUUACACAAAACGCACAGGAGACCUGACUAACCAUUGAUUCAGUAGAGUUUGGCUUUAGAAUGUUUCUAAGACUGUGAUACUCUAAGCAAAAAAAUACAUCACAUACACAAAUAGUGGGUAAAAUAGUAAAUUUUGAGUUAAAUUUAACUAUUUUGAUCAUAUUUUUGGCGUCAGAUGAAUUACAUUUAUAAUCAACAUUUCCCUUGCUUUGACCAUAAUUUUAGGAUACACGCAGUGAAUUUGGUCAAAACAAGGAAUCUUAGAAGGUAGCAUAAUCAGUCAUGCCUGCCUUUUGGAACUGCCAUUGUGUCAGGAGCAUGCCUGUGAUCCCUUAAAAUGCUGCCUAGGUCCAGCUCAUUAGGUUUUGUUACAGAACCUUAGUGUUUACACUCACAUUCACAAAUCCUUCAUCUUCAGACCCUUCUUAAGAUUGUUUUAUUCUCUUUUGUAUAAUGAUGCCACUGUCUGGUGGAGGGGAAAUGUUUCUUACAUUUGACUUGAUAGAAAGGCAAAGCUAAUUUGAGUGCCUGAAUCCUGAAUAUAUGUGUGUGUGUGUGGGGGGGGGGGGGGGUUUGGGUGGUUAACGAGGACGAUUUUUUUAGGUUAGAAACUGGUAAUUACAAGCGUAUUAUGCUAUAAAUGUGGUUUAUGAGGACAUUUCUAGUGUCCCCAUAAUUCAAAUCGCUUAAACAUACUAAACAAUGUUUUAUUGAAAAUGUAAAAAUGCAGAACGUUUUUUGUGAGGGUUAGGUUUAGGGUUAGGGGAUAGAAUCUAUAGUUCGUACAGUAUAAAAAUCAUAAUGUCUAUGGAGAGUCAUAAGGAUAGCUGCACUAACGUGUGCGUGUGUGUGUGUGUGUUUACUGUACGAAUGUCUGGGAUUGUCUUCUAUUGAAUGUUUUGUUGGACAGAAUGUUAAUGAUGUUGAACUAUUUAUGUAGCAAUUGUUGCAGUCAUCUAGUUAUAAGAUAACUAGAGUCUUUUAAAAAAAAAAUUUGGGGGAUACACUUAAUAUUUAAGGGGAAUCUAUUGCAGGAAUCACUGACCUGCAUUAUAUAAUGUUCUUGUACAGUUUGCAUUUUUGUGUGUGUGUGUGUGUGUGCACGUGCAUGCACGCAGAACAGAAUUUCUAUUGGAUAUUAUUAAAAGUAUGGAUUGUUAUAUACCACUAUAAUGCAGUUUUCUUCACUGCUUUCCAUAUUUAUUGUAAUACUAUCAUUAUUACAAUUUUAGCAGUAAUCUGCUUGAAAUAUAAUGUAAUUUUUGUAAAUGUUACAUGUGUAUUAGCUAACAGUUCACAUAAGUUGAAACAUUUUCCUCGAGUAAAUGUACUUUUUGAAGUUAUGCUGUACAUUUUUCCCAUGCCUCAUACAGAGGGUGUGCAUUUUGAACAGUGUGUGUCUACAUACUCAGAGUAAGAGAGUUGGAGAGAAAGUGAGAUGAAGAAUAUAAUCAUGGAUGCUGUUACAAUACACUAAAAUCCUUUUAACCCAAUGGCUUUGAAAUCUUUUCUCUUUAUAUUUCACGGCCAGUUGUUGAUAUUUUCAGUAAAAAAAUAAAAAAUAAAAAAAAAAA